UAGCUGCUCCUAUGCUGAAUGGACCUUGACCCGUGAAUCGUUGCCGGCUUGGUGCCAAGCUGAGGGGCACCGGUGGAGCGCGCGUCCGGAACCCCCCGAGCUCACUGGCCUGCGUGGCCAUGAAGAUGAUCCUGGUGCGCAGGUUUCGCGUGCUCAUCCUGGUGGUGUUCCUACUGGCUUGUGCUUUGCACAUUGCUGUUGACCUGCUACCCAAGCUGGACCGGCGCGCUGCGCGAUCCUCAGGGGAGCCGGGCUGCUCCUGCGCUCAGCCAGCAGCAGAAGCAGCUGGCCCAGGCUGGGCCCAGCCGAGGAACCGCCCGGGGGAGUCGGCCGGUGGCGACGCAGGCUGGCCCAACAAACACACACUACGCAUCCUGCAAGACUUCAGCUCAGAUCCAGCCUCUAACCUAACCUCCCACUCCUUGGAGAAGCUGCCUCCUGCAGCAGAGCCGGUUGAUCACACUCCACGGGGUCAGGAGCCCGGCUCCCCGCCAUCCCGUGACCCUGCGCACCGGCCACUGCUUCGAGACCCUGGGCCGCGGCCACGGGUGCCGCCCCCUGGCCCCAGUGGGGACGGAUCACUGUUAGCCAAGUUGUUUGAACACCCACUCUACCAGGGGGCUGUGCCUCCUCUUACAGAGGACGACGUCCUGUUUAAUGUGAACAGCGACAUCAGGUUUAAUCCCAAGGCAGCGGCAGAGAAUCCAGACUGGCCACACGAAGGUGCUGAAGGGGCAGAAUUCUUGCCUACUGGUGAGGCAGCCGUGGACCUCUAUCCUAACUGGCUCAAAUUUCACAUCGGCAUCAACCGGUAUGAGCUGUACUCCAGGCAUAACCCGGCCAUCGAUGCCUUAUUGCAGGACCUCGGCUCUCAGAAGAUCACAAGUGUCGCCAUGAAGUCAGGGGGCACACAGCUGAAGCUCAUCAUGACCUUCCAGAAUUACGGGCAGGCGCUAUUCAAACCCAUGAAGCAGACAAGGGAGCAGGAGACGCCCCCCGACUUUUUUUAUUUCUCUGACUAUGAGAGGCACAAUGCAGAGAUUGCUGCCUUCCACCUCGACAGGAUCCUGGACUUCCGCAGAGUCCCUCCAGUGGCUGGCAGGAUGAUCAACAUGACCAAGGAGAUCCGGGAUGUCACGCGGGAUAAGAAGCUGUGGAGAACCUUCUUUGUGUCUCCAGCCAAUAACAUCUGCUUCUAUGGGGAGUGUUCCUACUACUGUUCCACGGAGCAUGCCCUGUGUGGGAGGCCUGACCAGAUCGAAGGCUCCCUGGCGGCCUUCCUGCCUGACCUGUCCCUGGCCAAGAGGAAGACGUGGCGGAACCCCUGGCGUCGUUCCUACCACAAGCGAAAGAAGGCAGAGUGGGAAGUGGACCCCGAUUACUGUGAGGAGGUGAAGCAGACACCACCCUACGACAGUGGCCACCGAAUCCUGGACAUCAUGGACAUGACUGUCUUUGAUUUCCUCAUGGGGAACAUGGACCGACAUCACUACGAGACCUUUGAGAAGUUCGGGAAUGAGACCUUCAUCAUACACUUGGACAACGGGCGCGGGUUUGGGAAAUACUCACAUGAUGAGCUCUCCAUUCUAGCGCCUCUUCAUCAGUGCUGCAGGAUCCGGAGGUCCACCUACCUGAGGCUGCAGCUGCUGGCCAAGGAGGAGCACAAACUGAGCCUGCUGAUGGCCGAGUCCCUGCAGCAUGACAAAGUGGCUCCUGUGCUUUACCAGCUGCACCUGGAGGCCCUGGACCGGCGGCUGCGCAUAGUGCUACAAGCCAUUCGAGACUGCGUGGAGAAGCUCGGGUUGAGCAGUGUGGUGGAGGACGACCUAGCCACGGAGCACAGAGCCUCCACCGAGAGGUAGUGAGCCGUGCUGCCCAUGAGGAAGGAGGAGCACAGAGGAGGAGCCACCUGUGAAUUCAGUGAAUUCGGAUGGGGUGGGUCAUCUCCAUAGGCUGACCUGCGGCAGGGAGUGUGGGGUCUCCUCAUGGCUCUGAUGGGGAAGUGUGGGCCUCUGAGUCCACCAGAUACUGGACAAAGCACUCUGGACAUGUAGCAGAGGGACCUUUGCCCACUAUUUUGUACUUAACAAAAGGCUCACAACCUGUCAAUGGAGAGCCACCAAGCAGACCAGAGAUCACCUCUGGGCCACUUUGAGGACCUUCUGUGAUGUGAUCACACUCUGGCCCUCAAUUGCAACCCACUUUCUGCUCUCCUUCCCCGGGCCUCCUCCCUCAGAGGCUGGAGAGCUCUAUCUAGGGAGAGGAAGCAUGGAUGGACAUCAUGGCCUGUGUGUGGGCAGAUGAAUACCCAAGAAUGGGUUUUGGAUACAAAUGACCAGCUAUCCACUUGUUUGCUGCUGCACAGUAGCCAGGCCUUACUAGUUGGUGGUGGACACUGCCGGCCUUGGCUGAGCUCUGGACAAUUGGUGUCAAGGCAUUCCGCAGGGCCCCGUGGCCCCAGGGCAGCAGGCUAACCUUGGGACAUUUUUGUGGAGUAGUUUGCAGUGAGGUAACAGUGCAAUAAAGAUACAGCAAGUGUG